AUGGGUAAGUUUUUGGAUUUAUUUUUUUUUACCAAAGACUUGGCGAGUUCCUAGUGUCUGAGUCUUGAGAUAUCGCAGGGCUCUCACGCAUUUUGAGCUCACUAGUGAAUAUUAGAAACCACUCUUUAAAUUGCCGUAACGGGUGUGCCCGUAUUAAACUUUUAGGGACCGCAUGCAGAUUUCUAGAAACCAUUAGAUUUCAAUGAUUUUCAUAUGGCCGUGUAGCCCAUAGUCCUGACAAUUUAAAAAAAAAAAAAGGGAUCUUGAAAAAGAUCGACUCUCAACGAACCAUUAAAGCGCGCGUUUCGCGAUUUCAGUUUUUUGUAGAAAAUUUCGUCGAGGUAAUUUUUUGGCACUAAAACACAGUAAUGAUGAUUUUUCAUUAUUGGAAACGAUAGAACAAUGUUCAAAGAUGAGGACCUAUCCAAACUACCGUAAUACGACCGGUUACCUUAAACAGGCGUGUUGCUUUGAAAACUUCGCGAAUUCGGAACUUUUGUGGGUCGGUGUAAUAUAUUCGAACGUUAAAAAAAAAUUUGUUUCGUAGACUCGUAUGCUGAGGAGAUUAACCCGUGGAUGACACGUUUUAUUUGUGGUAUUUACAGUAAAUAAUUUUAAUAUACUCCAAUUUAAUAUUAAUAUGUUUCAUAAAGUUCAAUUUAGUUGAAAUUAUUCUUGUUAGUUCGAAACUUUGUUUUUUCAAGGUUCUUCCAAACCUCGUCUGAAAAGGCAGCUAACCUUCGCCUUCGGUAUCCUGUUUUGCACGCUGUCAAAGGUUACGAGUGAAGGUACACUUUCUUCCUAUGUACAAUGCAUUCAACAGGCCAACUCCCGAAAGGCUUUGAAAAAGUUCGAAAGAAUGCGCACUUUCCAUGGUCUCUUUUUUUCACUGGUGAAUCGAAAGAUCGAUACGAGUAGGUACCAAGUAGAAACUCAAGUCAAUCGGCGUAUGGUAAUCGGUGGUCAUUUGUUUACGACCGGGUACUAUCUCUGCAGUGGUAUCUGGAUGGUACCGGUUCGGUAACUAGAUGCUACCGGGUAGGUACCUGAAGCUCGCGAUUGAUACCGGCUGGCACAUCGGUCGUUCAUAUACCACAAGUUUUUUUUUAAACCUUCCCAAGUCAGCCAGGAUCUUAUUGGCUAACGCUGAAACAAAAACCACCCGGAAAGCAAUACUAGGCUUUCCGGUAGCAAUCGCGAAUUUCAGGUUGCUACCCGGUAGCUAUUUGUAUCGAGCUCCCGAUUCAAUUUUGUUUAUGAGUUUACUGGAAAAGUUUAUAGAUGAAAAAAAGUUUCGGACAAAUGGUAGAAACAAUUAUUGGAUUCGAGAAUAUUCGUGAGCGUCGAUUCCCCACAAACUUUUGUACACAAAUUUUGCUGAAGAAGCCUUUCAGAUCCAUGAAACACGGGCAAAUGCGAUUUCGCAAUCAACAAUCGAAAUUUAAUUAUAAUUAGCUCACAACCUUGAAAAUAUGAAACAAAAUGUUGUUUUUAGUGCAAUUCUCAAAAACCUUGCCAUCGAAGUAUAAAAAUAAAAACUAACCCAGUCGCCAUCGUGGGGGAGCCACGAAACGAAAGGAUUUGGGUUUCCCCCGCAGUUUUUCAAAACUUAAUCAACCUGAACUCAACAAAAGUUUGAAAAUUCAAAUCAUCGAAAAUUUUUUCUCUGAAAAACAUAUUCGAAUAUGUUCGACUUUCUUUGAAGCUUAUUUUUUCUCAUAUUCCGGAAUAUUCCCAAAUUGUGUGCUCACUGGUGAAUCGAGAGGUAGAUACAAGUAGGUACCGGGUAGCAACUCAAGUCAAUCGGCGAAUGCUAAUCGGUGGUCAUUUGUAUGCGACCGGGUACUAUCUCAAUGGUACCUGGAUAGUACCUGAUCGGUAUCUGGAUGCUACCGGGUAUGUACCUGAAAUUCGCGAUUGCCACUGGCUGGCACAUCGGUCGUUUAUAUAGCAUCAGUGUUUUUUUACACCUUCCCAAGCCUUCCAGGGUCUUAUUGGAUGAAGCUGACACAAAAAAUAACGAUCCGGGAAGCAAUUUCAGACUUUUCGGUUGAAAUCGCGAAUGUCGGGUAGCUACUUGCAUCGACCUCCGACCCAGGUACCAUAGAGAUAGUACCCGGUCGCAUACAAACGACCGCCGAUUACCAUACGCCGAUUGACUUUUUCAAAAGUUGCUACCCGGUAGCUAUUUGUAUCGACUUCUCGAUUCACCUUUGCUAUAAAAUUUGAGUUUUCCUGUCAGUAAAAGCUUCACUAGAGUUAUUGGGCCCCUCAAAAGGUUAAACAUUCGACUUAAUCAAAAUAUGAUUUCUGAAGCUUCUUUUCAUGAUGAUGAUUAAUUAAUUUUCAGUAAGGCACACAAUUUGGGAAUAUGUUUUUCAGAGAAAACAUUUUCGAUGAUUUGAAUUUUCAAACUUUUGUUGAGUUCAGGUUGAUUAAAUUUUGAAAAACUGCAGGGGAAACCCAAAUCCUUUUGUUUCGUGGCUGCGCCCGGCCUGGCCCGGGCUUUGGGCCUACAAUUUUAAAAAAAGCCUGCGUAGGCUCGGGCCAGGCCGGGCUUCACAAGAAAUCUUAAACUUCAUUUUGAAAAAAAAUUUCACGGGAAAAUUAUUUUUUUACUUGGUAAAUCAUAGUUUCUAAUGACUCUAUGAGAAAAAAUAAGCAAAAAUACCGCUUUUCUCGUUACAAAAGCGAAAAAUUCGAUUUGAAGAGAAUUUGAGUUUUUUGAGCCGGGCCGGCCAUUUUUGCUGAAGGCCUCCCUAGGGCCGGGCCGGGCUUGGGAAGUGACCGGGGGGCCGAGAGGUUGACGGACCGGCCCUCGCACAAGCCUGGCGGUACAUUGACGAGCUCGCAAACAUCUCGCGCCGGCCUUGCAUUUUUCUGGGCGCGAGCUCGCAUUUCUCUCGCAAUUUGAAAAUUUCCGAAAUGCAAGAUCGCACUUUAAAAAAAAAGCGAAUGUUUGCAAGUUCGUCAAUUUAUACUCUUUGUACCAUGACUUAGAAUUACACCAAUCGACAUUCCGCUGUUCCGCUGCGCGCCUUUGCGAUUCCUGGUCGCGCUUUAAAUUUUUUUUUUUGUUAAGGUACUCUACUUUCAUGUGCUCCCACAGCAAUAACAAUCAAUUGAAAACGUGACCUAGAUUCGAAAGACGCUUCGCGAAAGCACGCAGCGGAAAAUCGGAAUGUCGUUCCGUUAAAUUUAAAGUCGUGGCUCACAGACUAUGCCGCCACCCAGAGGUGGAGGAUCGGGAAGGCAGCCCUUGGCUUGGCGGCCAAGCCAAGCCAUUUAGCCAAAAGAUAGAAAUGAGUCAUUAUUUACGUGGUCCUCGCAUGCUGAUCAGGUGUCUUAACGGAUGUACCCGUAUUAAACCCGUGUUUCUGAGGUUAUUUUUGUCUCAGUUGGGCUAAAACGGGGGAACAACGGGUGUAAGAAAAAUAUGUAACCCAGCUGGCUGUGCUAAAGCGGGGUCUUAGUUGGGCUAAAAAUUGCCAAAAGUUCUAUCAGCUGGGCUUUUACGGGUUUAAUACGGGGGCACCCGCUGAGACCCCGUGUUAGCACGGCGGGGUUACCCUGCUCAGCAUGCGAGGUCUUUGGCAACUAGGUCAAGUACGUGGCGAUAAUGCCCUGAACUAAUCAUUAUUAAUUUUGUGAAUUUCGAAUUGUUUUAUUUACCGCAACUCCGUGAUAACGUUUUUAACUUACUGUAACAGAUAUUUCAGCAGGAAUUUUCACUCCGACGGGUCAGUAGGCUACAUUUUCAGGCUCACUAGAGAAUUAAUCGGACCAAAAAAUUGAAAUUUUUGAUUUCAAAUCGCUAAGGGACUUUCCGACGAACCUCUUUCCGACUUUGUUCCCUUAUAUUUUUCGGUUUACAAAGCAACUAUUAACAUUUUUUUUUCUAUUUCUUUUUGUGUUUUAAUCAUGAAUCAACUAUCUACUUUAUGUAAAAAGAUUUAAAACGAAGAGUUUAUCUAGAAAAAAAAGUCGGAAAAGGGUUAGUCGGAAAGUUCCUCAAAAUAAAAAAUCGUUAUGUUCGAAUUUUUUUAACGAUUAAAAAUUCUGAUUCCCUUGUGUACGCAAGUUCCAUACAUUGCUCAAAACAAGCGCUUCUAGAUGUUAGGGCAAUUUCGCCUUACAAAUGACCGUCGCAUCACGCUGACUUUUGAAAAAGUCAUUUCUGCCUUUUGGGCGUUUAUGGCUUGGCAGGCAGGGCGGCCAGUGGGCAUCCAUCCUCCACCUCUGCCGCCACCGAUCUCGCUUUUAUCUCGGCAGUUAUUCUUAGUGCGAUUAGAAAUAAAUCCACGAAAUCCUCACAAUAAAACAACAAGAUUGGUGCUCACAUAAAUGACGCUUCCGAAUAUUCGCGGACUUGUUUUUAUCAGCGUCAUUUAAAACUCAGGAAACUUUCGAAGGAACGAAACUUUUAAGUCUGUUUUGUCUUUGAAGGUCUGUCGAAAUUUGCUCGUGAUGAUAGAGACAUCUUCAAAUUUUUUCAGGCGUGUAUGAAAACAAGAUUUUCAAAUUGAUAUUUUUAGGGGCAUGUUGCAAAAGAUGUAUCUCGGCGUAUCCAUCAGGGGAAGCUGUUCCACCCGGAUGCGAAAUCAUGGAUUGCACCGACGAAUCGAUUACGAUUGAAAAGCCGAAUGGUCGAAAAGUUUCGUCCUUUUUGGCUAAAGCUUCAAGAACUGGGGCUAUAAGCAUAUUGGACAACACAAGAAUAGAAAUAUCGAUCUCGGCGUUGACAGAAAUCGUCCAUAAUGGUCCAGGUUAGGGUUUUUUGAAGUUCGAAAAAUACAAAAUUAUUCGGUUAUACAAAACAAUUCAUCUUUUUUCAUGCUUUAUCGAAAAGCUUUUUUUAGACUUAAAAAAAAAAACUAAUUACCAACUCUGCUAACACGCCAAUGACUGGGCAAAUCUAGUUCACUUCUAAAAUAUCCUUGUCAUUUUUUUAAAAUGUAGAAAAAAAAUAUCUGUGAACUUCGGGUAUAUGAACUUUUUUUGGUCGCAAGCGGAUUAUGAGGCUGAAAAAGAAAGGCUGCUUUCUACAUGUUGAAUGAAUAACUCUUUCUAGGUAGAAGUUCAGCUUACUCUAAUCGCGGUUUUUUUCGCGAUAUAUUUUUCUAAAUCAAAAAAAUAAUUCUUUGUUUUUUUAUUCAAGAUAAGUAGGCUUUUUAAAACCAAUCUUCUAAUAUAAAAAAAUAUUUUUUUAAACAAAAAUGGAGAUGCCGAUUUUUUUCGUUUUGUAAAAGUAUUCAUUCGAGUUGAAAUGGAAACUCCGCGAUGGUAGGAAAAAAUUUUGGGCCCGCGAAUAUUCGUGAGCAUGAAUUGUGCAUACACCGAUGUCGGGGGCUCGAAUCUUUGCACUCUACAGAAUUUGUGCAAAGAGCAGUGCCUAUGCCGGCAUUCUGCAAAAAAAGCUUCAUGCAUCUUGCAAAUCAGUGCUUUGCAUUUUGCACAGAAGUACCUCGCAUUUUGCACUUUUUUUCGUCUGUACAAAUGUGUGCCCAAAAAGAAAUGCAAAAUGCGAGGAACUUCUGUGCAAAAUAUUUUGAAUGCAGAACUCUAAUGACGUGUUCAAUUUGAUUCCGCGAAAUGCGAAAUGAUAUCAUUUUGGCAUAAUUUGCAGGAUGCAUGCAACUUUUUUUUUGCAAAAUGCCGGCAAGGUACUGCUCAGACAUUGGUAACGCGAAACGGAUGUGCUACGGACGUUUCUGGGCGAUUUUAGGGAUCACUUAAGAGUGCUGAGGCUACUAAAGUGGUCACUAGAAAUGCCCCGACACGUCCGAUUCGCGUCCCGUUCGCGUUACCAAGAUCCGAGUGCUCUUUGCACGAAUUCAGUAGAGCAAACUUGAAUAUUUGCAAAUUUUUAUUACUUCUUCAAUUUUUUGUUGUUUUUUUUUUCAUUCAAUUUUUUUCUCAUUUUCUUUUGUGACAAAUUUGUGCGUAACACUCCUGUGAACACUUCGUGACUAUUUCAUCUCUCUCCGCGAACAAACAAGUUAUUAACGCACUGGUGAAUCGAGAGGUAGAUACAAGUAGGUACCGGGUAGCAACUCAAGUAAAUCGGCGAAUCGUAAUCGGUGGUCAUUUGUAUGCGACCGGGUACUAUCUCAAUGGUACCUGGAUAGUACCUGAUCGGUAUCUGGAUGCUACCGGGUAUGUACCUGAAAUUCGCGAUUGCCACUGGCUGGCACAUCGGUCGUUUAUAUAGCAUCAGUGUUUUUUUUUCACCUUCACAAGCCUUCCAGGGUCUUCACUAAGAAUAACUGCCGAGAUAAACGCGAGACACUGGCGUUACAUUGACGAGCUCGCAAACAUCUCGCUUUUUUUCUCGCGCCGGUCUCGCAUUUUUCUGGGCGCGAGCUCGCAUUUUUCUAGGCGCGAGUUCGCAUUUCUCUCGCAAUUUGAAAAUUUCCGAAGUGCGGACCUGCAACUUCAAACACUCUGAUACAUCCGUUGGAAAAAAAAAUAAACACGAUAAAUUCGAAAUUGGAGAAAGAUUGAACUUUUUUUUAAGUUCAGACAAUCGAAAAAAUUAACUUAAGGCUUUCAUUCGUACUAUUUCUAAAAUCAAUAACUUUGAACGGGUUGAAAAUUGAAAAAUAAAAGAAAAAAAUCAUCUAAAACUGAAAAAGAAGAAAAAAAAUUAUCUCGAAAUUAUCUCAAAAAUCGAAAUUCGCUAAUUUCGAAGUAUCGCCGUGAACGCUCUUUUGAAUUUCGAAAAAUUUCGCGUUUUGCUCCUGAACGCGCCAUAAUGAAAACAAUAAUCAAAUCAACAAAAACAAAAAAUUAAUUGCGAAAAUUUUGAAAAUUUCCUUUUUCCGCGUUUGAUCGUUGCGAGACCCAACUCGCAUGCUGAGCAGGGUAACCCCGCCGUGCUAACACGGGGUCUCCGCGGGUGCCCCCGUAUUAAACCCGUAUAAGCCCAGCUGAUAGAACUUUUUGGCACUUUUUUUAGCCCAACUGAGACCCCCGCUUUAGCCCAGCUGGGUUACCUAUUUUUUUCUUACACCCGUUGUUCCCCCGUUUUAGCCCAACUGAGACUAAAAUAACCUCAGAAACACGGGUUUAAUACGGGUACACCCGUUGAGACACCUGCUCAGCAUGCGAGAAUGCUGCAGCACCCGCGUAGCAGGCGCGUCGCGGCCCCUCGAAAUGCCAAUUUUCAGGAUUUCGGGUUUUCAAAUUAAACGAGAAAAUCGUUAUUUUUUUUUAUUUUUCGAUUCCCCGAAAUUACUUUGAACACGGCAUUACUUUUUCAAAUUUAAAACGUUUAUCGUUGAAUAUUCUUUUUUUCAAAAAAAAUUGGAAAAAUAUUUUUCACAGCUAUCGCGAAAGAGAGUUUGUCAAAGGAACGCUUGAAUAAUAUUCCUCAUCCUGUUAUUGUUGACUAAAAUAAAAAUAUUGGAAAAAAGGAUGAUUUCGGUUCAUUCUUCCUACUUUGCGGUAUUCUGAAAAAUUUUUUUCGAAUAUCAGGGGUGUUUUUGACUUAUUCAAACUAGCAAAAAGUAUUAAAUUUACGCUUUGCUUCUUUUUUGAAGUUUUUUUUCUUGUUACAUUGCUCGGGGUAGAAUGAACGUGAAGUUUUCAGCUUCAUUUCAAGAAAUUACCCAUUUUAUAUGUUACAAAAACUAUCAGAGCAAGAAUUGCAAAUUUUCUCAUAUAAAAUAACACCUGUUUUAAUUUAUACUGGUUCGAUUGAAUAACCUCAUUGUUUCUAUCGAUUAAGCUUUCAAUUUUGUAUGGCUUCAUUGUUUUUAUAUGGUUCUUCAUAUGGCGAUUCCAUCGCAACAUAUUAAAAUCACCAAAAAGUCUUAUUUCAUUUACAGAAUCGUGUUUCAAAUAUUUUUUUAACAGAAUUUGUAAGCGCGCCCGAAAAUUGCAUAUAGCCCGUUCACGGCUGGCUUGGGACAGUGAACAGGCGGUUUUACUUGCGCGGCGAUGGUAGAUCGUGGCGGUCAAAUAUGCGCCUUUAAUAAGAGCCUCAUUUGGUGAAUUAUUUCUAUUUCUAUUGAGUUUAUUUUAUGUUAACAUUCAUUUCAUUGGUUUUUAGAUUUUCUCAAAUCGUCGAAUAAUCAGAGAAAAAUAAAUAAGUCAUAAAAUGGGGCUUUGAUGGAAGGCGCAUAUUUGACCGCCAUGAUCUACCUUCGCCGCGAAAAUCAAACCGCCCGUUCGCUGUCCCAAGCUAGCCGUGAACGGGCUAUACGGUCAUGUUCGAGAUGAAAUAGUCACGAAGUGUUCACAGAGUGUUACGCACAGAGUUAUUAAAAAUGAAAAUGAAAAAAAAAACAAUAAAAAAUUGAAGAACUCGAAUCCUGAGCAGGGUAAUCCAGCGGUGCUAACACGGGGUCUUAGCGGGUGCCCCCGUAUUAAACCCGUAUAAGCACAGUUAGUAGAACUUUUGGUAAUUUUUAGCCCAACUGAGACCCCGCUUUAGCACAGCUGGGUUAAAUAUUUUUCUUACACCCGUUGUUCCCCCGUUUUAGCCCAACUGAGACUAAAAUAACCUCAGAAACACGGGUUAAAUACGGCAUGCUGGAAAGUGCGCGCUGUGCGCACUCUUUUCUCGUGCGCACGUAAGGAAAAUGCGCACUCUUUUUUCAAAUUUUGUACAGGAAAUUGCGCUCUCUUUCUAACAACAGGAAAAAUGCGCACGGUUAUCAAAUCUUGUCCUUUCGGAUUAUUUGAAGUUUAUAUAACUGAUUUUUUUCAGCAUUCAUCUUUUUUUCAAUAUUAAUACCAGGCGGUCACUAGACUGGUCAGACUGAUUUACCUUUCACGCGAUAAUGUGUUUUUAAAUUUUUGUAAUGUUAUUUUUCCGAAGAAAGCCACAGUCGGCGUUUAUAGUUUGUUCAGAAUUUGAAUAUCAAGUCAUCGGUCGAACUCCGCCUCUUAUGUGUAGAUCAAACCAAUCAGAGAACGAGCCACUCACAGGCUUUGUUUGGGGCAGAGAUUGCUGCUUGAAACUCAAAAUAUGGACAAACUAUAUUAUAAAAGGGAAAUAUGUGAAAUACAAAUCGAAAAGGACCUUACGAGGCUCAAAAAUAUUUCUGAAGAAAAUUUACAGGGUGAUGAAUUAUUACUGCGACAAAAUGAAGGAGCUGUCAAUAUGUCAAUUGUCAAUAGUCAAUAAAGACCGGGAACUCACAAUUAUUUUUUUAUAAAGUUUUACAGGGAUUUAAUCAAAAAAAUUAACAUGAACUGCCGCUCGAAAAUGUAGUGGCACCCAAUUGACUGCGGUACGCAGAUGGUCGAAAUCAGUUUUUGUUUUUGAGCAGAACGGCCAAAAGUCAGUAGGCAAACUGGUGUGUACUGUUACAAGAGGCACAUUGAAGUUUCUCAGAAAUUUUGGAGUCAAUGGGAUAACAGAAAAAGAACAAGACUCCAUUCUUCUAACCGGAUAAGACCUUACGAUAAGGACUCGAAAAUUGGCUUUGAGCUGACUAGGGAACUACGCGAACUCGCAUUCAAGGAUCGAGUUAAAACUUUGGUGGCUUAUAGACCCGGGUAAAAGUACUUGGGAACAAGAGUGUUUAUAUGCUAAACCCUAUAGGCUUCUGAGAAAAAGCUUUUUGAAAAUGAACAGUUUAGGCUUGAAAACUAUCAAAUUUUUGCUUUCAUCCUUCUUUUGGCUGGAAAAAAGUUUUUUAGUGUUUAUCAUAGCCGGAUCAUUCAAGGCGAUUUUAUUAAAAUAUUAAAUAAGGUAAAAAGCAGUAUUCUGAAAAUUUUCAGGUUUAAUUUUCACAUUUUCUACUAACUUUUUCUCAGUUCUCUAUUGGGUUUAGCAGAUAUUCUCACUUGUUUUCAAGUGUUCCCACCUAGGUCUAUAAACCACUAAAGUUUGAACUCGAUCCGCGUACCCGAGUCCGAGUAGUUCCCUAGUAAGUAAGGGUACUUAAAAACAGGCAAUACUAUCUGCUAAACCCCAUAAGGUACUGAGAAAAAAAGGUACACACCUUUCAAAUUAUUUUUGUUUACUGCUCUCUGAGUUGACCUCAUCUCUUACAGAGACUCGAAAAAGCUGAUUUUUUUGCCGUUUUUACGAAGUUUCAAGCAAAAUAGCGUAUUUCGGAUGAAAGAAUAGUAAAAUAGCCCAAUCAUUAAUAUUAGCAACAGUGAGUGUUGCUGCAAAAUACUCUGGGGUUAUGACCGUUCUUGAGAGCUUCGAUGAUGUACUUUUUGUCUGUACAAACACAGACGAAUCAGAAGGGCACCUUGAUUUUUUUCCACAAAAAAAUUCCUCUCAAAAUGGAUCGUGAAGGCCCCAUAAUGUGUCCAUCGUGAGACCUCCAGCAUACCUUUUUAGCUAAAUCUGAGCUAUCUCGGAGGUACUUUUAGAGUCUCCCUCAAGUCUAUCUCAUUUUGCUCAAAGUCCUCAGAGGUAUACUCGGGUUACCAUCGAUAGGCUUCAGACCCUGCGAUAUGCCCUCAGAGGGUCUCGCGAUAACCUUUCUCGAUUCGCCUAUGAAGAGCAUCCAAACAGCGUGCCAUAGGGACCGCAAAGCCACGCCCCUUUUCGCGAUAGAAAAAGUGGCUUUUUUUUGGUUUUCAACUUUCAUUUUGUUGUAGUUGUAAAAUAUGUGGAACUGGCGAAUAAAAUUUGACACACAUGUACAGAAAAGCUUCCUCUUUCGUUUAAAAAAAUAUUUCACGCUUUUUUUGAUGCGUUCUCGCGGAAUGUCGUACAAAAAAACGUGAAUGGAACUAAAAAAAUUUUGUCAUUUUUUUGCUUUUUAAUGUGUUUUUCAGGUCGAACGCACUCUAAAUAACGAUUUUUGAUUCAAGUAACGGGAAUUUUAAAACAAUAAAAUAAAAAAUUCGUCUUUGCCAAAAAUUUUAAGGAGUGCCGAAAGUCAUAAUUCAAAAUAUCGUUAAUAAGCGAAGAUAAUCGAGUUUUUGUUUUUUCAAAAGUUAGACCAUAGGCUUACUUAAAUUUUUCUCCACAGCAUAUGUGCUGGAAAAAAAGUUGUUUAAUACGCAAAAAUGCACUUGAAAAAUAGAGAAUAAAAUUAGCGGCGUUUAUCACACAGAAAGCGGUCGAACGCAGGUUUUUUUCAAACGAUUAUAUACAUUUAUUAGUAAAAAAUCUUUCAAUUAAAAGAAUAAAAUAAAAAAUUCGUCUUUGCCAAAAAUUUACGGGGCCGUUUUAAUGCAGUGAUCGUUAAACGAGGCAAAAAGCACUGAAAAAACUGUUUUUUCGAAGUGAAUUUCCACGGAAAAUUUGAGUAAAGAUUUGCGAACAUAUUCUGAUAAAAAAAUAGCUGAAUUACUUCAAAUUUUUUUAUUUUUUUGAAAUAGGCAAUCUGUGCUAUUCAAACGGCUCAAGGCUAUGGCGGAUGGAAGUUCCCCUCGCCAGACCUAACAACUUUAGCGCAGCGCGUGCGCUGCGAUUUUUUUCAUUUUGAGGUCGCGAGUUCGAUACCCGCAAGCGUCAGUUUUUUUGUUUUUCUGGAAAAUACCGACUUUUUUUCGGCAAACUAGCUAAUUUUUCAUCAUUAUAGAGCUCUAUUAUGAUUUCUUACAUCAUAAUAGACCAGUAUCAAAACUUGUUCUAAAAAGAAAAAAAUCGAGAAAAAAAUGUCUAAAAUGGAUAACACCAAAAUUUCAGUACUAAAAAUGGUGCGCGGCGCGCCACAUUUUUCGUCAUAACUUUUUUCAUCCUCAUUCUUUUCCGAAAAACUAAACGGUUCUGAGUUUCGAAUCGAAACAGCUAUCAAACCAUGCAAAGCUCAAUGCUGAAAAAAAAUUUUCGAAAAUUGGUCUGCGGUCCCUAGCGUGCCAAGUAGAGACACAUGUCUAUUUUUCGGAAAAAAUUCCUUCAAUUUUUUUUUCGAUUUCUGUCAAUUGACAGGCUUACAUAGACGUGAAUCGUUAUCAAUUUCGAGAAUCGAAACCUUAAAAAUACGUUCAAACUGAGCUUCAGGGCGACCUUAUCGAAUAAUCAAAUUUUUCUUCAUUUCGAAAUUUUAGCUGUUUUUAACGAGAAAAGCGGGGUUUUUUUGCUUAUUUUUUUCUUCAUUGAGUUAUUAAAAAAAUGUGAUUAAACAUGUAAAAAAAUAAUUUUUUUCGGUGAAAAUGUUUUUAAUGAAAUAAAAAAAGUUUCUUGAAUCUUCUGGCUCGAGCCCGCGCUUUUUUCGAAAUUAAAAAAAUCAAGGGCUAGGGGGCUUUAGGCCUUCAUAGCCAAGCCUGCCUGCUUUUGCCAUAAACGCCCAAAAGGCAGAAACGACUUUUUUCCGAAAGUCAUGUGGCACGGCGGUCAUCAUAUUAUAGAAGAAGGCUUGAUGAAGGUAGGAAUAAUGACUGGAACAAAAAAAUGAGCUCGGGUCGGCGAGAGCAAAUGCUUAAAAAAACUUUUUGUCGCAGUAAUUAUUCCUCCACCCUGUAUUGUUUAAUGUUAUCAGAUGGAAAAAGAUCUGUAUAUUUUUGAGAGCAUCUCACUUUUUAGCAGAUUUUUGCGGUAGCUUUUUGAGACCAAGCUUGAAUCAGCUUGGUCUCAAAAAGAGAGCAUCUCACUUUUUGCAAAAAAAUACACCUGGUCUCAUUCCGAAAUGACCGCAGACCAUUUCCUGAUAAGAAAUAUUCUCCAUAAAUUAUCAAAUAAUCAAAAGAUGUUCAAUUCAUCUUUAGCUGAAAGAUUUCUUCAUGACAAAGAGAAAAGUGAGAUGGUUUAUGUGGACUUCAAUCUUGAAAAGAGCGGAAUUUGAUAACCGUGCGCAUUUUCCUGAUGUUAGAAAGAGCGCGCAAUUUCCUGUACAAAAUUUGAAAAAAGAGUGCGCAUUUUCCUUACGUGCGCACGAGAAAAGAGUGCGCACAGCGCGCACUUUCCAGCAUGCCGUUAAAUACGGGUACACCCGUUGAGACCCCUGGCCACUAUGCGAGGAUUCGAGUCCGCAACAUCGGUGUAUGCACAAUUCACGCUCACGAAUAUUCGCGGGCCCAAAAUUCUUUCCUACACUAAGAAUAACUGCCGAGAUAAACGCGAAAAUUUUCUGAAAUUCAAGAUAAAUGCGAGGUCGCGCCGAGAUAAAUUCAAGAUCGGGCAUAGAAAAAAGUGAAACUUCCGCCACCGACCUCGCGUUUAUCUCGUCACUUGUUCUUAGUGAUACCAUCAACUCCGCAGUUAGAAAAAAAUCAUUUUGCAGGUCCGGCUAUUCAUUUGAGGAAUCCCAAUUUGAUUGGCAGCAGUUUUUUCAGUUUGGAAAAAAUAACAGUGGAUAAUCCUUAUAAAUUCUGCAAAAAUUGGGACCUUAUUCGUCUGGAAAAUAACGUGACGACAGAAGUGAGGAACUGGCUGGAGAAAGUGGCCAAUGAGGUCAGUUCAAAAACGGAAAAUAACAGGUUUUCAAGAAGAAAAAAAAAGUAUGAAUGCCUAACGCCUGGAAAAAGCAAGAAUGAAUUAGAGACUACCUCUGACUAGGGAGCUACUCGGGCUCGGGUACGCGUAUAGUCUGUUCAGGUUUUGAAUGCCAAGCAGCUAACUCCACCCCCAAGGCUACAAUAUCUUUCGCGUCAAUGUUUUAUCUACAGGUGGAGAUGACCCUUCAAUAAGGCCGCAUUUUUUGCCUUCUUUUUCUAUUAUUUAGAUUAAAAAUCGUCCCGCGCGAUAAAAUAUCGACGCGAAAAGAUACCGUCUUAGCAGGAGCAGAGUAAGCUGGUUGACAUUCAAAAUCUGAACAGACUAUAUCAAGUUGAAAACUGAGGUGGCUUGUAGAAUUGGGUAAGAGCUCUUAGAUUUAGUAACUACACUGCUCCACAUAAUUAUAUAUCCACCUAAGAUUUUUCGAAAAAUCGAAUAUUUUGAGAGUUUUUGAAAAUCUUUUUGUUGUCAAAAGAUGGAAAAUUUGAUCAGAUUAUUAUAGCUAUCAACAAAGUUCCUAUUGAAAAAAAUAAAUAUUUUUAAAAAAAUUUCAAUUUCUCAGAAAAAAAUCGAGUUUUUCCGUUCCACAUAAUUAUAUAUUCACCUAAGACUUCAAACUUCUUGGACCUUUUUUCCCGGUUUUUUGUAUCAGUUAUCAUUUUCUCAUCAUUUUUUUGUUUAAAAAAAUAAGAAGAAUACGAGCAAAAAGAUUUUCUAAAAAAAGUUGAGGAACCUUGGAUAUGAUCAGAAGACGGUCGCGGUGCUGUUUUGUACUCCAGCUCCACAGUCAUCAAUGUAAGGGUUGAAUUUUUCAUAAUCAGGGUUAACUCAGAAAUUUUUGAAAAAAAGUUUAUCACAAAAAAAAUAUUCUUAAAUGGGCGAAAAAAAUCAAAUCUCAAAGCUGGAAAAAAACUUCAGAGAAACAAGAGUCAAAAAGGAUAUUUCGUGAUUUCGAUUGUGUUGACUUUCUGUUCAAUUUUUCUUCGCUGAAUAAGGACAAUUAUGGUUCAUUAUAUGUUUUAAAACAAAAAAACAACUGUAAUCUUUAAUCAUGAGAAGAAAAAAAGAAAUUUAAAAUUUGAAGAAAAAAAUUCAGAUUCCUAUGAAUUUGACUUGAAAGUUAGUUAUUUACCGAUUUCGGUGACUCUUCUUUGCUAGAAGCAGGAUUUUUUUGAUGAGACUAACUAAUCUUGAAGUUAAAAACAAUUUUAUCUCAGAAAAAAAUAUUACAGAAAUGGUCCGAAGACAUUUUUAAGCUUCCUAUUUUUCGGCAAAACUGCAAAAAAAUUCAUAAAUGUUAUCGGAAAAACUCCCUCUUUUCAAUGCACAGAAAUAUUUUUACUGAAGUUUUUUUGAACUUAAAUUGUUGCUCACAAGUACAAAGGUACUUAUGAAAUCGAAAUAUUCACAUCAUAAUCGAUUCAAGAGUAGUUGAUGUAAUGAAAAAGCACCGCGACCGUCUUCUGAUCAUAUCCAAGGUUCCUCAACUUUUUGGAAAAAUCUUUUUUUGCUCGUAUUCUUCUUAUUUUUUUAAACAAAAAAAUGAUGAGAAAAUGAUUUUUUUCGAAAAAAAUUGAAAUUUUUUUAAAACAUUUAUUUUUUUCAAUAGGAACUUUGUUGAUAGCUAUAAUAAUCUGAUCAAAAUUCCAAUCUUUUGACAACAAAAAGAUUUUUCAGAAACUCUCAAAAUAUUCGAUUUUUUUCGAAAAAAAUCUCAGGUGGAUAUAUAAUUAUGUGGAGCAGUGUAGAAGGGAGUUCUUCAAAAGUUCUCCAGCAAAAAGCUGAAAAAAACUCGGAUUUUUUUCGUCUUUAUAUAGAGCGGUAUUUGCGCUCUGAGGUCUGAAAAACCAGGAAAAAUUUUUUUUUCUGUCAGUUUUGACACCGUAGUCAUGUUGACAUGGACCAGUGCAACUUUUUAAAACAAAAAAAGGAAAAACCAAAAAAAUUUUUUUCUUCGAAAAAUUUUUCAAACUCCAUGCUCAUACACAUGGAAAAUCACGAAAAAAAUUUUAUGAAUAAUAUUUUUUUGACAAAAAAAGAAGUCCAGGUGUUCAUAAAGGGUCAAAACGAAGUUUUUCUCAUGUUUCUACGCUUCAAAAACUCAAGAAAGGAGCACUUACACGAAAGUUUCAAAUACGGAAAAAAAUUUUUGCGGAGGAUAGGGACCGAACCUUUGACCUCGUGCUCCCCAGUCGGCCGCCUUUCCACUGCUCCUCGCUGCCGUUUCUUUGACGGUCGCCGACUAGCAAUACCACACUGCACGCGCAUUCCAUUAUCAUGAGCGAAGAUUUUGAAAUAUCAUAUCAAGGCUCCCAAUUUUUUUUUGAGAAAAAUCAUUUGAUUUUUCGUGACCGGGGGAACAAAGACUAUAUACCCUCCAAAUAAGAGCUCAAUCGGAGACAUCGAAAAUUUCGACUUUUGAGAGUCCAUAACUUUUUUCACAGACGUAUUGGGCAACUUUUGAAACCAGAUUUGGAAUCAGCGUAAAAAACUACAUCUAGUUAACUUGGCCGCAUUCAGGAGUCCCAUAGCGUCCCGAGACCAUUCCCUGGUCAGAAAUAAAUUUGAGUUUUUCUAUUUUCACAUGUCAUUUCUGGUCGGACGCUUUUACUAACGACCUCUCGAAAUCCGUCCAAACUCUGUUUGUUAAACUUGCUUUCCUAGACCAAAGAGCACGAAACAAUUUUCGAAUUUUCGAACUCUAUCCUAUUCAGACGCUCGCCGUGUGUAAUACUGUUACGACGCCAGCGCCAACGGCAGUACCGUCAAACACCAGAACGACGUCGACGAUCAGCAGCCUUUUCACGACAUCGGACGACACCGCGGGUGUCCCGCCACAUUGUGCUCAGAGCGUGGCUUCCGCCGCCGCCGCUGCCUCAGCCUCAGCCAAGGAAAAGGAAUGUCCUAGCAAAAGUAAUUUAGAUGGUUUUUGUGUUUUCAACGGGGAACCGAAAUCCAGACGGGCCGCUGAUCGGAGCGGUAAUAGUCAUUGUGGUGCUUUUGGUCCUUCUGGGCAUUUUGGUGUACAUGUACAUCAGGCUCUACUUCUUCAGGAAGAACGAGGACGCCGCUUUUGCCGCAUAUGGUAACUAUUUCAUGUAGUUUAAUUAAGCUAGCGUUUGAAAAAAAAACUGUCAAGUUUUACAAUACGGUUGGUGAUUAUUUUCAACACUACUAGCUGGAAUAUCCCUUGUUGUAGUAUCAAAGAUUCCUGAAAGUCCUAUUCGCAAACUUUCUCAAUUUUCGUGAAAUGAGGGCUCAAACUUUGACAAUGACCUUUUUCAACGAUUUCUUUGGUUUUUUUUUUGAACUUUCUAUCUAGACAACUAACAGGAUUUUAUAUUCUUAAUAUCAAUAAGUAUUCUGGUCGAUUUUCAGAAAAUUUUCAAGCCCAGGUAGUAUGACCUUCUUUGUCAAUAGUAUACACUGCGCGUCAUAGUUACGUCAUAGUUACGCACCCCCAUUUUUGAAGUUUUCAAAAGAUACGUUGAACUUCUUCAAUCAAACCUUUUUUAUGAUAAACCUUGGCUAAAAUAACUAACAUCGGAAAGAGAACUACAGAAAGCUCAGUACGAAAAAAUUUCAAAAUUCGUCAGAAAUAGUUUUUUGACCGCGGGUCAUAAUUAUAAACGCACCCUGGAUCAGCGUUCAUUUUUUGCUUGUGUUAGAACUUUUGCCUUUCUCAUUGAUUUAAAAGCAAAAAUCAAGUGAGUAGGAGGCCACAUCAUUUUAAGUAACUAUGAUUCGAGCAAUUUUAUUUUCAAACCAUGCGAAAAGCGAAAAAAAAAAAUCGAAAGUUUCAGAAAAAUCUACCUCUUCUGAAACUAUCAAGAGAUUUAUAUUUGAGUUUGCGUAUGAACAUUUUGAAUGACGUUGUUUUGAACAAUAUCUGAAAAUUUCGAGACGAGAAAUUGCUUCUACGGUACGAAAAAUGUCUUUGAAUCAGGUGUAUUCACAGUUCAAAGGACGUCUGGCGUUUUUUAAACCGGCCUCUUCCCCCAAUAAAAUUUUGACAUGAUGUUUCUUAUAUGAAAAUAAAAUUGCCUGAAUCAUAUGUACUUAAAAAUGCUGUGGCAUCCUACUCACUUGAUUGUUGAUUUAAAAAUCAAAAAGAAAGGCAAAAACGUUCUAACACAAGCAAAAAAAUGAACGCUGACCCAGGGUGCGUCUAUAAUUAUGACCCGGUCAAUAAACAAUUUUUGACGAGUUUUAAACUUUUUUGGUACUGAGUCUUCUGUAGUUCUCUUUCCAAUGUUAGUUAUUUCAGCUAAGGUUAAUCAUAAAAUAGGUUUGAUUGAUGAAGUUCAACGUAUCUUUUGAAAACUGCAAAAUAGGGGUGUGUCCAUAACUAUGACGCGCAGUGUAUAUACUUUGCGGUAAAAAAAUUUUCACAGAAUCGGUAAAAAUAGCUAGGAAAACUGAUUGUUUUUUUCCAAUUUUUUUUCCAAUUUUGAAAUUCUCUAGAAGAAUGUGAAUCUCUACAGCGGUUUCAAAAUCUGCCAGACAGCUUUCUUGGAAAUUUUUUCUACCGGAGUCAAUAUAGACUGGACAAGGAAAUUUUAACAAUUAAAGAAAUUCGAAAAAUGUUUUUUUAGCGUUUUUUGCACACUGUGAUUUUGAAAAAACUCAUAAACGGAGUUUUUUUAAUUGUUCAAAUAUUCAUAAAUAUCGAGACGAUUUUUCAUAAGACGUUGAAUUUUUUUGAAAAAAAUAAUAGCAUUUUUCAUAGUAAGAAAAAUUUUUUUACGCCAAAUAAAUUGACCGCAUCAUACUAAAGGCACUAUUAACUAUUGAAUUUCGUAUCUCGAGCAAAUUUCGUCCCUUUUUCGAAUAUGCAAUCUACUGCUGACAGGGGAGAUCAUUAUAUAGCCCGUUCACGGCUGGCUUGGGACAGCGAACGGGCGGUUUAACUUGCGCGGAGACGGUAGAUCAUGGCGGGCCAUACAUGCGCCUUCAAAAAUAUCCUCAUUUGAUGAAUUAUUUUUUAAUUCAAUUGAAUUUACUUUUUCGUUUACAUUAGUUUCAUGAGUUUUCAGGUUUUCUUUCAAUCAACGAAAUAAAAAAUAAAAAGGAAAAAGUCAUAAAAUGAGCCUUUUGUGGAAGGCGCAUUGAUAGUACCUUCGCCACGAAAAAUUAAAACCGCCCGUUCGCUGUCCCAAGCCAGAGCCAUAGUGUAAAAUGUUUAAUUCUUCAAAAAAACUUGCGGGAAUUUCUCUGGAAGGUCGCAAAGACAGUUUCUACCUGCCCAAACCUUGAGUUUACGAGAUAAGAAUUGCAAAAUAUUGAAUGCAGGCCCUAAUAAUGUGUCGUAAAAAAAUACUGAAAGUUCAUAUCUCCAAAAAAAAAGAGAAAAAAAUUGCGCAGGUCUGAAGGAUUUUCACCUAGUCUUCCAGAGAGCAAAACUUUGAAACUUUCUUUUCAAACCGCGACGAAAUUCGCACAUUAUUUGUGAGCGAGAUACGCUAGUCCAUAGUAUUCUUUCAGUAUCAUAUAUCGCGCAACUUAUAAAUUCGAUGAUCUUCUUCCAAUCCGGCAGAGACAGUGCAAUGCGUUAGUUUCCCUAUUCGCAUCGCUACUUUUAUCAGAGUUUUUGUAGUUCAUGGCGUUAUGAUGGAUGGUCUCCAGAAGAAGAAAGUUCCACUGCGUAAGUCUGGUUUAACGUUGAAUAAGUUCCAUAUUCCAACAAAAAAAAAUAUCAUAAUUUUAGUUUGCAGUUUGAAUUUUUGGAAAGAAAAUAUCAUCACUUUAUGUACCAAAAAAAAUACUAUAACAGUCUCCACUUUGGUAUUUUUGCGUCUUUCUCUAAAAAACCGAAUAAGGGCCCCACCACCCUUUACAACGAGAAAAAAAUUUCUCCAAAUUUUUGUGAUCGGCUUGAUAAACGGCAAAGUGUUAUAUGGUGUGUGAUAAGAUCAUUUCUUAGCCUGUCCAAAAAGUCUUCAAGUUCAAGUUCAACCGUCAGCCGAAUGGUCUCAAAAAUUACUUUUUUACUUGAAGCGCCGGUGUACGGUGUUUGAAUUUGGUUGCGGUUUUUUUUUGGCGUUAGUUCCAAUUUUGCAGCAUGUCCUUUAUAGUCGUCAAUUUCAACCGUUCAAUCUUUUUUCAACCGAUGACCUGGUGUUAGACAGUUGAGAAAAUUUUCGGUCGAAAUUCAAACGUUUCGGAAUAAAAAAAGUUCAAACGGGUCAAAGUUGGAAUUUGACGGCUAUAAAGUCCUUAUAAAUUAUUUAGUUCGAAGGCGGCAAAAUAAAUUAAAGAGUUGGGCACAAUUAACAAAGAACGUGACCAAGUUUUUGGAACAGAGUUCAUGGAUUCACGCCAAAAAGGGCCAAUAACAUGAUCACUGUCAUAUCAUCAUCUUUUUCUAGAGAUGCUUUCGACAAAGUUCCACGAUCGGGCCAUCGGACGCAAGAAGAAAUUCGAAGAAAAGCAGCCUCUAGACCCGAUAGCGGACUUCUUUUCGGAGCUUCCAUAUCGCUGCAGUGAAGAACUUGAGUCUAGUGGUAAACGGGAACUGACGGAGGAGUUUAUCGAAGCGGGUCAGAAAUUCGAGGCCGUCAAAAAAGCGCACCAAGCUGGAAAGGAGUUUGAACCGCCGCAGGGAACUCGUAUCUGGUCGGAUCUUCGACUGCAAGAUCGUGAUAAAAUGGAGAUAGCCAAACUGCCCGAACAGCAAAUGGUCGAGAGGAAGCAACUACGUUAUGUGCAAAAAUGUCCACCGGCGGCUUUCUUGAAAAGACGGCAAAAAGCUGGACUUGAUCCGCCUUCCAAAGCUACCACCAGCGUCGUCAAAACUGAAGAGUCCAAAAUGAAAGAGAAGAGAAAGGAGGAUCCAAAGGCAGAAGAGAGGAAAAAGGAAGGCCCAAAAGCAGAAGAGAAGAAAAAGGAGGAUACAAAGGCAGAAGCGCCGAAAAAGGACGAACAAAAGGCAGAAGAGAGGAAAAAGAAGGAAAAAAAGACAGAAGGGCCGAAAAAGGACGACGCAAAGAAAGAAGAAGCAGCCAAACAAGGAGAUGCGCCUAUUAAGUGCGUGAAACCUGAAGAUAUUGUGAAGAGGGUUCUGAAAGAAGAUCAGCCCAAAAUGGUGUUCAUUAUGCCGCACGAGAACAUCCAGCUCGAGAACUGUCAUCCGCUGUCUCUUUCGAGCCCAGUUCAAGCGAAGUACGACACGUUCAAGACCAAAUCGAAAGUUUUGAGUAGGUUUUUUUUCCUUUCUUCGACAGUAGUAAUUCACUCACAGUUCAGGAAUUUUAUAAGAUACGUAUUAAGUAAGGAAGCGCUUGGAAGGAUAAUGUAUGAAAUUUUGCCUUCAAUUGGAAGUGAGGGCAGAUUAUUCAAAAAUUGAGAGAUCAAGAGGGCGAUGGACGGAAAAAUAUUUUUCGCAUUCCGUGUUUUUCGAUGUGGCUUCUUAAAAAACAUACUUUGGUUCAAUUUUUCACUGUCUUAUCAUUGAAGACGACAAAAUUUUUUUUGCUUAUAGUCUGUGUACCAGAAUUUCACCAAACGACAUUCCGCUAUGCCGCUGCGCGCCUUUUGCGAACCUUUGGUCGCGCUUUUUAAUCUUUUUUUGAGGUACUCUACUUUCAUGUGCUCCCAUAGCAACAACAAUAAAUUGAAAGUGUGACCUAGUUUCGAAAGACGCUUCGCGAAAGCACGCAGCGGAACUGCGGAAUGUCGUUCGGUGAAAUUUCAAGUCGUGGUACACAGGCUAUACGUGUUCUGAAAAUAUGGUCGAUGCUUUUGCGUUUUUUGCUCGUUGAAGGGGAGAAAAGUUUUUCGAAGAAAUCCGAAUAAGUGUCAAAAGAUAGAUUCAACCUGAUGAGCAUCUUACGCGAAAAAAAAUGUUCCAUGACUGAAAACUUUGAACGAAAAAGAAGGCGAUUUGGCACGAAAACAGUUGAUAAUCUUUGUUGAAGCCAAAUGUUCGCUUUUUUUAAGCAGGUUAUCAGGCGCUCACCUCAGCUCAAACUACUAUAAUAAAUAUUUGAUAAAAAUUCAUGGGACUCCAUUGGAAUGAUCUUUUUUUCUGAAAACUAUCUUACGCUGUAUCGAAAUUUGCGCCUGUGAGAAAGAAACCUUGUGAUACCUCAAAUGUGAAGAAGAAAUUUUUCAGAAGAUACGUUCGCAGUUUUUUCGUUGGUACUGCAAGAGCUGCAGAAAUACUAUCAUGGACACGCAAAAGGUAUAAAGAUGCUGUGAGAGAGAGAAAACGUUAUUUUUGUUUUGAUUUCAGCUUGGGAGCUUAUUAACGCAAACGCCAACCAAGUAGAGAUCCAAAUGGUAGAAAGAGUGAGAAACUUCGCUUAUUUUGAUAUAAUGAAUCCAACUUGGCCCGGUACUUGUGCUGUUGUAAAUCGAAAGGAUAAAAAUACCGCAAGCAAACGUCCCCUCUACGAAACUCCAUGUGAGUUUUUACGAAGAAGUUUCAAAGUCAACUUUCUACCCGCUUGAAAUGUUGUGGAAAAAGUUUGAAGAACAGUUUUGGUUUCUUGAUGCUAAUACCUGAAACAGACACAUACUGUUUCUUCGUUUCCCGCAGCUAGAUAACGACAAAAUAGUGUGUGUGAAAGAAAGAGUUGUAAUGACCUUUAUGCGUCCCAUGUCAGAGAGAAUGUCAUUCUUCUGACCGUUCGUUCAACCGACUAGUUUCUGAAAUUUUCAAAAAUGACCGACCAUUUUUGAAAUGACAUUCCGAACAUGCAAAAAACAACAUGUCAUUCAGAAGUGACAUGUAGAAAUGUUGGAACUUCAACCGUUCGACCAAUGACCAUUUAUUAUGACAUGUUGAAAAAAAUAUUGAUCGAACGGUCAAUUUUUCUAAACUAUAAUCCACCUUAAUGAAACCUUUGCAGUCAAAAAAAUCUGACUCUUUCAAUUAAAAAUACCAAACUCUGAGUUAAAACUUCAAAUCAAAAAUUUAUUGAAUUGGGGAUUAAAAAUCGGGAAAAAGUAUUUCGGAUCACAGUGGACGGAGGGGAAUGUUGGAAAAACAGCUCUCUGUUGCUGAACAAGUCGAGAAACUCUUUGAAAGAGGUGGUAAACGUGUUGGGUUGAAUCUCGGCAUUGAAGGUCAGACAAGUCGUUUUUCAGUAGCCUACGACCAUCUCAAAAGGUUGCGCGUUGCCGCCAACCCAAACGAGAAGCGGCUUCUGGAGCUGUUGGAGGCCGGACACGCAGAGAUGGCGAACCAAAUGCACGCUGAAGGUCUCAACUACUACUACUGGCACAAAAAGUUCGUCUUCCCUCUUUCUUCGCAGCUUUCGACACUUGAAAAAAAUAAAAAAAUAAAAAUUCGUAUUCAAAGACUUGAAUAAAGAGCAGCAACAAACUUCAUAAUUUUUCAGAAUUCAUAAAUGUUCCACCCACGGUUCUGCCAGGAGAGUCCCUCGGCGACGCUGCUAGGAGAAUUUAUAGUAAGUUUAUUCAUUUCGGUUUGUGAUUCUUGUCUCUGUCAUUUUAGUGCGCAAACUAAAGGAGUUUCAAGUUUGAUCGAAUAAGAUAUUUUUUCAGGGUUUGAAGAUCGUUACAAGGAAAUCGAAGAUCAACUGGCCUACGUUCGUAACUUGGCACAUCCAAAUGAAAAACCCCGGAAACUGAUGAAAGAACUUGCCCCGACCACUGCGAAAACGUCAGAAAAGAAGAACACGAAGGACAAGAAGUCGGAGGAAAAGAAUUCGAAAGAGAACAAACCGAAGAAGGCCUGA